ACACAGAUUCAUACUUUUGUGACUGGUGAUGUGACUGAUGUGUGGCCUGUGAACGGAGAAUAUUUUUCCGUAUCGGCGUUAUAUCGUACUAAUUUUAGAUUGUUCUGUAAGACAAUACAUACAUUAUGAUUACUUUACUUCCCUGACCUCAAGCGUUGUUAAAAGUUUGUAUACUUAGUGAGUUAUUUUGGUAAUCGGUGACAUUUUAGUGAAGUGCCUAAUUUGAUCAUGGAGGCUAUAGCAAAACACGAUUUCACUGCAACUGCUGAUGAUGAGCUCAGCUUUAGGAAGAAUCAAGUCCUCAAGAUACUAAACAUGGAGGACGAUAUGAACUGGUACAGGGCUGAAUUAGACGGCAAAGAAGGACUUAUUCCUAGUAAUUAUAUUCAAAUGAAAAGUCACAGCUGGUAUUACGGAAGGAUCACAAGAGCCGAUGCAGAGAAACUUCUAGCAAAUAAACCAGAGGGUGGAUUCUUGAUAAGAAUCAGUGAAUCAAGCCCUGGUGACUUCUCCUUAUCUGUCAAAUGUCCAGAUGGCGUGCAACAUUUCAAAGUACUUCGGGACGCGUCCAGCAAAUUCUUCCUGUGGGUGGUGAAAUUCAAUUCACUCAACGAACUUGUGGACUACCACCGUAACGCGUCAGUCAGCCGCCUGCAAGAUGUUAAGCUCAGAGACGUUGUUCCUGAAGAGAUGCUGGUGCAAGCGCUGUACGACUUCACUCCGCAGGAGGCCGGCGAGCUGGAGUUCAGGCGUGGUGACGUCAUCACGGUCACUGACCGCUCCGAUCAGCAUUGGUGGCAGGGCGAGAUAGCGCACCGGCGCGGGCUGUUCCCGGCCUCGUACGUGACGGCGUACCACCAGUCAUAGUGCGCGCGCGCCGCUCGCCCUUGCCUCUCUACGCCGCUCGCUCGCGCGCACCGCCCGACAAUGAUCACACUCGCCUACCUACUAUCAUAUCAAUAACUCGAACACACAACGAACAUUCACCAAGUAAAGCUACUACAUGAAAACGUUAUAGUUUUCUCGGUUUUACUAGACAUUACGUAUCCUCGUAUCUUAUGCGAUUUUAAAUUAUCACUAGCUAGAGUUAUUGAGUAAGGCACCAAGUGUCAUCAAUGUCUCGCUCGGAUGAUGUUUGAUUUUUAUAUAAUGUUUUGACGAGUAUAUGGUGCUUCGUGUUCACAGCCGAUUACGAUGAUUUUAAUAUUAUAAUAAUUUAUAACAAUAAUCGACGGUCGUAAUCGUUAAUGUCCAUUUUACUCGCGAGUUGAAACUGCCUUGAUUUUUGCAAUACUGUAAGAUGUAAUUUGGUAGUACAAAAGUUUUUGUGUCGUGUUUCAUUGUAUUCAUUGUUCUGUGACGAAUUUAUUAUUGUCCUCUCAUUUUAUAUUGUGACGAUCGCUGGAUGAGAGUGAAUAUUUUAUCCUCGAAAACGUGCCAGAAUGUUAUUUGUAGUUUUUUUGAAAUAUAUGUUUAGUAAUAAAAGGUGAAAGGGAUCAAAUCAGUGCAUACUGACUGCUCCCCACAAGUAUAUAGAUUUUCUUAUUUGAUGUGAUUUUUAAAGUAUGACCAUUAUUUAUCCCUGUAUUAGUCUUUAAUGCUCAUUAUUAAAAUAUUUACCAUUUAUACGUUAGUUAAGUGAUAAUUUUAAGUUCGAUUUACAUGUAUUUUGAUCUUGGUUUUUUAUAUUGGUAUACAGCAGUGUAUAAUCUGGUACAGUAAUGAUGUAGAAUGGAAAUCUGUAGCGUCCUCCAAAAGCUUAGCUCUCGUUAGGUUAGUCAGCUGGACAGCGGUUUGUUUACGCACAAGUUACAAAGCCACGGACAUAAAUGACUCUGGAAUUAUUUUAUAUAUCGACGAUGUUUUGUAUGGACGGAUGUAUAUUGAACGAGAUAUUUUAUAUAACGGUAUAUGUAUGUAACACCACGCUUUUUGAUAGCUUUUGACGUAUUAGUUUGAUUCGUUACCUGUACGUAUUUACCAUUUACCGGCCGUAAUGAAGGCAGAUGUCUAAACUGUUUAACGUAAUCCAAUGUUGGUAGCAAGGCGGUGGUUGACAGCGACUACGGCACUAUUCGGAGUAACGUACCAUCGCGCGUCGUGGCACUCGCAGUGUCAUUGUACUUAGUUAGCGUUUAACAUUUAGUCAAGACUUGAAAUUAAUAAAACUUUGAGUGAUCGUUGAUCCAAUGUAGAUAUUUAUUUUUGUUAUUGUAUUGUACCCGAAAUUACUAUAUUUAUGUAAACAUGAACUCGUUAGGCAGAUGAAUCAGUAGCGUAAGCGGACAUGUAAUGUAAGAACAUUUCACCGUGCAUGUGUAACUGUAUCGUUUAAACAAUUUCCCUUUCAUCGAAGCAUUUAAACUGUGUGUAAUUAUAGUGUAAGUGUGUACGGCUCCGUAUGUAACGUGCUCGCUCUGAGUGGUCAACUGUUGAACGAUUGUGUGCCGGACUCGGCCCGAUAAUAAUGCCCCUAAAUUGUGCUUGUAGCUAUAGUGACAAGUAAGUGCAUAAAGGCAAGUUUCAAUAAAUCGGAAGUGCUAUAAUCUAUAAUAAUCAAAUAUUUAAAUAAUUUAAGUUAUGAUUCUCCAAUAUUGUGGAAGAUGUAUAAUAUUUUUUACUAAUAAAUUUAAUAUUAUA